AGCGCCUGCGAGCCGCGGGCAUGUCAGACAGUGUGUGUGUGACCGCGGAGAGGGAAUCACACACGGCUCUCCGCACCUCCUCAGCCUGCCCUCCAUCCCAAACCAAGCGAGAGGACGACACCUCGCCUCGACCUGGUUUGGCGCGCUCCUUCUGUGGCGAGAGACGCUCGCGCCGCGCGUGUUUUCGGCGGGAAAAAAGAGAAUCCAUCCCCGGUCUGGGGGCGGGGGGGUGUACCACCGUGUGCAGCGGUACACAUACGGGACGCGCAGACUCUGCGGCACUGCCGAGGAGAGACGUGAGGAGAUAACGGCAACGGCAGCGUCUUCCUCACCACAGAAACGGGCGACACGGCGCAUGAGGAGACACGCCGGAGAGAACCAUCAACCAAAACAUCCCCUGUGUCUCAGCUUCACCCCCCGCCCUGUUUGUUUUUUGAGGCAGCCCGAAAAGUCUUGACCGAGGAGCCGUUAACGUAUCGUUACCUCAGUCUGAAAGCAAAGGAUGACUCAGGAGUGAAUCAGCGGUGAUUUGACUGACAGGCGGCUUGGUGGGAAACGAGGCCUCGAGAGAGAGAAAGUGAGUCUAAUAACAGAAGGGAAAGCGGCACCACGGUGAGAUCGCCUUUCGGUCAGCGAAGGGGAUCAUCUUUCUCAACAUGGCCUCCACCACUGAAUCGUUUUGGACGUAGAGGGAGUCACUGGACAGACACACCUGUAGUGACAGGAGAACUACUUUAGUUGACUUUGGACUGCGGACAAACAGCUGGAGUCUAAUGCUCUCACAUGCCCUAGUCGUAACAACAUCAGUCCAUGGACCUAAAGAGGAAACUCAACAGGGCACUUUUGGAGACCCUUUAAGAAAGUUUUUUUUCUCGACUCCUUUUCAUGUUAGCUUGUUGAUUCUAUAUGGUUGCUGAAUUCAGCUGAAUGCCCUGAGUAUCCUCCCCUUGCAACCAGACAAUUUUAGGGAACCUUGUGGAACAUCUCCUGUCGGCUUGUUGACACUGUCCUUUAGUUGACGAAGCAGCUUGAGGUGAAUGCUCUCAAUGUCGUCCCUUAGCAGCUUCAAUCUGUGGAGCUAAAGUGGAAACCCUGGACAGUUUUAGGGAACCUUGUGGAAUGUUUUUGUAGGAACGUUCGCUCCUCCCCCUUUCAUGUUUGUUCGAGGCCCAAGUGUGCGGCUGGAGGCUCCAUCAUGGCCAGGGCCCUGCUGAAGAUCCAGCGCUACUUCCGUCGGAAGCCCGUCCGCUUCUUCUCCUUCAUCCUCCUCUACCUCACUGCCGGCAGCCUUGUUUUCCUCCACUCUGGAUUCUCCGGUGACAGUGCCCAGGCUGGCCGUGACCCGCUCACCUUGGCCGAGAAUGGGCCUCUGUCCUCGGAGGGCCGUGGCCUGGGGCUCAUCGGCAGAGUGUUCAAGGACACACGGAGGGCCGCCCGCAGGUUCGGGCCGGCCUGGACGAAGGGGAACGGGCAGGACAGCCCGGCGUGGGUCGGCGCCGGCAGCAGGAGCCGAGGUGCCAAAGGGAAAAACACCAAAGAGACAGAGGAGGGGAGAGCAAAGUACAUUGGCUGCUAUGUGGACAACACGCAGAAGAGGGCGCUUCGGGGAGUGUCUUUCUUCGACUACAAAAAAAUGACCGUCUUCCGUUGCCAGGACAACUGCGCCGAGAGGGGAUAUAUGUAUGCUGGCCUAGAGUUUGGAGCCGAGUGUUACUGCGGCCACAAGAUCCAGGCGGCGAAUGUGUCUGAGAGCGAGUGCAACAUGGAGUGUAAGGGUGAGAAGAGUAACCUGUGUGGAGGAGCCAAUCGCCUGUCCAUCUACAGACUGGAGCUGAGCCAGGAAUCAGCCCGCCGAUAUGGGAGCGCCAUCUUUAAAGGCUGUUUCAGGAGGCCGGACAAUGUCACCUUAGCACUUCCUGUUGGUGCCGUCAUUCAAAACAUGUCCGUGGACAAGUGUGUGGACAUGUGCACAGAGAAGGAGUUCUCUCUGGCAGCUCUGGCUGGCGAUAAAUGCCACUGCGGCUUCCCAACAACUCUCUUCACCCUGCAUGAGCCAGAGGAAGAGGAGCUGUGCAUUCAUCGCUGUGCCGGAGAGGACUUUGAGAGCUGUGGAAAUGAUGAGUACUUUGUGGUCUACCAGACGCAAGUGCAAGACAAUCGAUGUAUGGAUCGGCGCUUCCUGCCCACGCGUUCUAAACAGCUGACGGCUCUAGCUAGUUUCCCCGGCGCUGGAAAUACUUGGGCUCGCCACCUCAUAGAGCUGGCCACUGGAUACUACACAGGGAGCUACUACUUUGAUGGGUCACUAUAUAACAAGGGUGGGUGUGGUUUUAAAGGGGAGCGUGACCACUGGCGCAGUGGAAGAACCAUCUGCAUAAAGACCCACGAGAGCGGAAGAAAGGAGAUUGAAGCCUUCGACUCCAGCAUCCUCAUAAUCCGCAACCCAUAUAAGGCCCUCAUGGCUGAAUUCAACCGCAAAUAUGGCGGCCAUAUUGGUUUCGCCUCCCAGGCGCACUGGAAAGGGAAAGAGUGGCCGGAGUUUGUGAAGAACUACGCACCGUGGUGGGCAUCACACACGCUGGACUGGCUAAAAUAUGGUAAGAACGUGCACGUUGUGCACUUUGAGGACCUGAAGCAGGAUCUGUUCUCAAAGCUGAAGGGCAUGGUGCUGUUCCUGGGCCUGGAGGUGUCUGAGGACCGGUUGCUGUGUGUGGUGGGCCAGAAGGAUGGCAACUUCAAGCGUUCAGGCCUCCGGAAGCUGGAGUAUGAUCCAUACACCCCUGAAAUGCGGGCCAGCAUCGAUGGCCUCAUACGGACCGUGGAUGCCACGCUCAAGCGGAGGAAACUGGCCGGGGUCCCAGAAGAUUACAGGCCUAGAUGAUACCAUCUCUUGCUUUUCUCAUGUUCGGCUCAUCCCUAUCACUUUAGCUUUCACUCUCAAACCAGGUAUUUCACAAAGAAGGAUUUUCUCCGUAAGCUGGAAGCCCUUAAGCCCAAAGUGAGGACUGUUCAACAGAAAGGUCCCUUAGCUCUUCUCUUAUUAGACCAGCACAGUUUUUGGUUUACGUUGUCUGGCUAAUUGAGCAACCUUGUGUGAAAUGUGUGAAACAUCCAUAGAAGUUUUAAAAACAGCACGUAGCAUGUUCUGUCUGCGUGUCCACUUAAAGAAAACACAUUUAAACACAGCCAGUGUUGUAUCCAAUUUAACACAGGAAAUGUGUUUAGGCAUUUUUUCUAACUACCAGCGCUUCUCAGAGUACAGACGAUAUGAUCUUUCACACUUUUCGCACGUUUUGCUCGUCUCUGUCGUUUUAGUUUUUAGUAGAUGACUUGAUGAAAUGCCCUGAAUCAGUUCUCUGGUUUUUCUUAUGUCCUUUUGACAAAAAAGAGGACCUACCCUUGAAGAAAAAAACAAAACCAGCGCUUCUCGUUUUCAGACUUCCUUUGCUUUCUCUUCUUCAGCUUUUUGGUUCCUCGUCAGAGCUUUUAUACACAGAGACACAAGAAUGAAAGGUCCUUAAUAGACACAUGUGACUAAAGGAAGACAAUCGUGUGCAACUUGGAUAUCUUCAGUCAACAUGGGGAUAGGAAGUGAAGCACUUUCAGUGUGUUAGCUUCUGAGUGUGUGUGUGUGUGUGUGUGUGUGUUUGUGUGUGUGUUUGAGUGUGUAUGUUUGAGUGUGUGUUAAAAACCUUAAGAGCAAGCACAUGUGCCCAUCUCAAUGCUGAAUCAUUCACUUUAUGCUGGGCAGAAAACAAUCUCAUUUUUACCCACAUGUAUUAUGAUUAAGCACUAUUUGAGCUGGAUUAGUUUUACCAGAGGACGUUCUGUAAUGUGGGAUUUGACUGGUAUAAGAUAAAGUAUCAUGCAGUUUCCCUAGUACUACACAGAUUCAUACUGGAUUAAAAUCAGUUCACAACUAUUACUGGCAGACUGUAAAACUGCACACACUGCAGAUUCAUUCUGGAUUAAAAUCACUCCAUAUUUAUUAUUAUCAGACUGCAAAAGUUACAGACACUGCAGAUUCAUACUGGAUUAAAGUCACUAAAAAAUGAUUACUGUCAGACUGUAAAACUAAAGACACUGCAGAUUCAUACUGGAUUAAAAUCAUUCCACACUUAUAACUGUCAGCCUGUUAAAACUACAGACACUGCAGAUUCAUACUGGAUUAAUUUUACUCCACAAUUAUUGCUGUUCAGAGUGCAAGACGUAUACAUAUUGCAGAUUCAACUAGAUUAAAAUGAAUCCAUAGUUCUUACUGUUAGACCUACAAAAUUACACACACUGCAGAUUCACACUUACAGAAACAACCGAAGUGGAACUAAUCAAGCUCAAAUAGGACUUUAUAGUAUUUAGCCAUAAUUCCGUUCUUAUUUCUCCUAAAGCCAGAACAUUUCAGAGAGAAAUGUAGGGUUGUCUUUCAUAAAGAUCUAGAUUUAGGUUUGCCCCAGUGUGACAGAUUUCAGAAAAAAAGAGAAAAAAAAACAAUUCCAGAUAAACAAAAAGACUUCAGUGCUCUACUUGGAGCACAUUGAAGUUCUGCAGACCUUUCCUGGAAUAGUGCAAAUCAACACUAAUGAGCCCAUAAUGCAAACCAUCUGUCUUCCCCCUUAACUUCAGAUGCAUGUAAUCUGAUCAUGUUCACCAAG